AUGCUUAAAGACAAUAACAUUAAGAUACAGAUUAAGGAAAAGAAAAAAGAACUACAGAGAGAGAUUAUCAACAAUAAAAAAACAUACUUUGAGGAAAAAAUUAUGAACUCUAGAAAUAAGGUGAAAACUACCUGGAACUUAAUCAACACUGAAGUGACUGCAGAAAGCAAUAUUCUGCAGCAGAUUGAAGACCUCGGAGAAGAGACAGGGCUCGUGUGUGUUAUCUGCAGGGAAGGCUACAAAUUCCAGCCUGGCAAGGUGUUGGGUAUCUACACGUACACCAAGCGUUGCAAUGUGGACGACGCUGAGACUAAGGCUCGCAAGACCAUCGGCUACAGCACGGUGACUCACUUCAACGUGGUUCAUGUAGACUGCCACAUGAAUGCUGUCCGACUGGCGCGUGCCAGAGACGAGUGGGAGUCAGCGGCUCUACAGAACGCCAACACCCGGUGCAACGGACUACUACCACUGUGGGGUCCUCAGGUGCCAGAGUCAGCCUUCGCCAGUUGUCUGGCUAGACACAACACCUAUCUACAGGAGUGCACUAGUCACAGAGACAUCAGCUACGUGUCCACGGUUCAUGAUCUCAAACUGCUGCUGUUGAGGUUCGCGCAGGAGAAGAGCUUUCACGAGGAUGCUGGAGGUGGUGGACCGCAGUCCAACAUGCACCUCAUACCCUACCUGCUGCACAUGGCGCUGUAUGUGAUCAACACGACACGAUGUGGCAGUAGAGAAGAGAAGAACCUCAACACCUACCUGGAGUGUGCCGCUACAGAACGGUGGAUAGAGUCUAGCUACGAGGCGGAGGGUCCACUGUACUGGGCCACGCUGUCUCUGUGUCUACACUCACCUGGGCGCUGGCGUGUGACUCGCCUGGCACACCUGCGUCGUCUGCUAGUGCUGGCUCAUGUGAGACACUCAAGCGCACACACCAUCACAGACCCUGCGCCUGCUGACUACAGUGUCUACAAGAGCACACUGGUCUUCUUCGGUCUGGUGGACAUCAUAUACAAGCAGUACUUCAAGGGUAUCUCAGUAAGCAGUGAGGAGCAAUGGCCUACCACUCUGGCAGACUACAUCAGACACAAUGACGAGACUCUGCUCAAGUGUUCUGAGAGACUGAUGGCUGCCUACACAGACGAGCUGUUGCCUGCCACGUCCUUCGAGGAGAUAUGCGACGUCCUUGGUUUCCUGAACGAAAUCACUGAUCCUUCAACCUACAUCAAGGACAUCCUGACUGGUCUAAUCUCUUAGAAAAAUUCACCUAGAUGCAAACUUAUCACUUAAGAGUUUUGAAAUUUUUAUAAUUUGGGCUGUUCUUACAGAUUUUCAUGUGUGGUUUGUUAAAAAGAAUUGUAUUAAGCUUAUUAUCUUAUUCUUAAUAAAUUAUUAU